AUGGCUACGCUAAGACUUGCUGUUUUCAUUUCUUUGUUGUUGCUCAACGGUAAGUUGCUCGCUCGACCGUGUCUACUCUUCGAGCAAAAAAAAAUUACACUAAUCGAAGCUACCAUCUCCAGAUGUAGUCCAUCCCAAGCCCGCUGGAAUUUGGCUCCGGAUGAUGCCGGAAACCUGCACAUGAUUGAUAUUAGCCAUGAUGCUGUGCCGCAAAACCCGGAUCACUUCGAGCCGUUGUUUGACCCCGAAACGGAUGUGAUCUUCCGUUUGUUUACCCGCUCUAAUCCGGAAUCGGCACAAAUCAUCCAAUGGGACAACCCAGACUCUCUGCUCAGCUCCAACUUUAACCCGGCGCAUCCAACUCGUUUUACUAUCCACGGCUGGGUCAGCGGAGAAGAGGCCAACUUACACGGACUGAUUCGAGAAAACCUUCUUGCACUCGGAGAUUUCAAUGUGAUCAACGUUGAUUGGGGAGCUGGUGCCCAAACUAUCAACUACGUUCAAGCGAGGAAUCGCGUUGGUCCAGUGGGUGAAAUGGUGUCGCGCUUCAUUGACAUGAUAGUGGCAACAGGUGGAGCAUCGGUGGACGACAUUUCCGUAACUGGAAGCAGUUUGGGAGCCCACUGCGCUGGAAAUGCAGGAAAAUUUCAACAGGGACGUAUCAACACCAUCAUUGGAAUGGACCCAGCAGGGCCGCUGUUCUCGGUUGGCCAGCCGGAUAUAAUGCACCAAAGUGACGGUCGGUACGUGGAAGCUAUCUACACCAAUGCGGGCGUGUUAGGAUUUAAUCUUCCGCUUGGAGAUGCAAAUUUCUAUCCAAACGGAGGACGUUCGCAGCCUGGUUGUGGUAUCGAUAUCACUGGAAACUGUGCACACACGCGAGCUCAUCAAUACUAUGCGGAAUCUAUCGGAUCACCGUUGGGGUUUGUUGGGCAACGUUGCGCAUCACACGAAGAAAUAACAGCCGGAACGUGUACGGAAAGUGGGCCUAAUGCGCUAAUGGGUGGUGAGCCGUCCAAUUAUGGGAAAGGAGUAACCGGCUUCUAUCAUCUGAUAACCAACGCACAGUCGCCGUUUGCGAUGGGAUGA